AUGGCUAACCCAAGCGGGGAAUGCAAAGCCAUAACUCUGAGAAGUAGGAAGGUUGUAGAGGAAGGAGCCCCAAGCAAAGAUAAUCAUGAAAAGGUUACACCAAAACAUGGGAGCGAGGAUAAAGGGGAGAUCCCAACUUUACCUCCACCAAAACCAGUUUUGAAGCCCUAUGUCCCAAAGGCACCAUACCCACAAAGAUUGAGAAAAGAUGGGAAGGAUGGCCAGUUCUCUAAGUUCCUAGAGAUCUUCAAGAGGCUCCAAAUCAACAUACCAUUUACUGAGGCAUUAGAACAAAUGCCACUCUAUGCCAAGUUCUUAAAGGAGCUUAUAACCAAAAAGAGGAACUAUGAGGCAAAAGAAACCAUAGUGUUGACUAAGGAAUGCAGCGCCAUCAUACAGAAGAAGUUGCCUCAAAAGCUGAAAGACCCAGGGAGUUUUCAAAUCCCCUGCAUCAUAGGGGACAUCACUAUUGAGAAAGCUUUGUGUGAUUUGGGAGCUAGCAUAAAUCUUAUGUUCCUAACCAUGAUGAGAAGGAUGAAGAUUGAGAAAGCCAAGCCAACAAGAAUGGCACUCCAAUUGGCUGAAAGAAUAUUUAAGUUUCCACAUGGGGUGGUGGUAAACUUGCUAGUGAAAGUAGGAGAAUUCAUCUUCCCUGCUGAUUUCAUUGUGCUGGACAUGGAAGAAGAGGCCAACACGUCAAUUAUCCUAGGAAGACCAUUUCUAGCUACUGCUGGAGCCACCAUUGAUGUGCAGAAAGGGGAACUAGUCUUGAGAUUGCAUGAAGAGAAAAUGGUCUUCAACGUCUUUAAAGCAAUGAGUUACCCCAAGGAACCCAUAGGAGAAUGUAUGCUGGUAGACACCAUGGAACAGAUAGUUCAAGAAGUUAUGGGAGAAGAAUAA